CAAAACAUCUAAUUCCUUUAAAACGGGUAAUUAAUAUCGCUCAUUUGAGUACGAUAAAUGAAGGUUGCUUGCUGACAACUAUGGGAAUCUGAUAUCUGGUAUUGAGCAAUGGUGAUGUGCAACACAUUUUCUUGAAAGUGCGAUUGAUCAAACAAAGGUACUGUAGAAAGAAAAUGUACACUUUAUGGGUUUGUAUUUAUUUUUUAUUUUUUUUAUAAAGCGUAAACGUAUCUUGUGUGAUGUAAGUGGCUGUAAUUGUUUAUUUUCAGAUUUUCUGCCAUUUGUUUGUGAUGGCUGUAAAGAAGUUUUCUGUGUCGAACACCGAAGAAGAGACUCGCACUCCUGUUCUGAGAUCAGUAUAAAAAAGGAAACCGUGAAGUGUGGAGGGAACACCUGCCCUUCCUAUCCAUGCACAUACCAUGGGUGCAAUGGGAAAGAGCUGUUGCCAGUUGUCUGCUCACAUUGUGAGAAACAUUUCUGCCUAGUCCACCGUCAUCAAGAUGACCAUGAGUGUGAGAAGCUGGAGGUUCCCAAACCUCGCAUGGCCGCCACACAACAACUGGUUAAAGAAAUCGUAGAAUCAAAGAAAUCUGCUCCAGCCAGAGGUAGAAGAGGUGCCAAAAACAGUGAAACUGCUGCAAAGGUUGCACUGAUGAAACUGAAAUUGCAUGCAGUUGGAGAUAAAUCAUUACCACAGACUGAAAGAACUUAUUUUCAAGUGUUCUUGCCAAAAGGAGGCACAGAUAAAAGUAAACCCAUAUUCUUCUGUUCAAAGUGGAGUGUUGGCAAAGUGGUGGAUUACGCGGCAUCGCUGGCAAGUCUCAAAAAUAACAAUAACGUACUAACAGCCAAGAAAUUGAGAUUGUGCCAUCCUCUCUCGGGUGAAGCGUUACAAAUGGACAGUACCUUGGAAUCAUGGGUGUCCAACACUGUGUGUCCUCUCUAUAACGGUGGAAAUGUCAUUUUGGAAUACCUAGACAAUGACUGUAAAGGUGUAGAUGAUGUGAAUUCCUAUUUUGCCUGCCCUUAAUGAAACAAUUUAUAACAAAUUAUAACAA